UCCCCGAGCAGGUGCUGAGUCCAUCCCCUGUGUGCCAGGAUUUGUCCUUCCCAAAGCUUGGGCGGAUGGAGGAGGAGGCUGCGAGGAAGAGGAAGAUGCCUUGGUCCCCCCAGGCAGGCCCCGAGCUGAGGACGGAGAGCCCGGAGGACAAAUCCCCCUGUGAGACCCUGGUGGGAGAGGCCGUUUUGAAGGGCUCCCCGGCGCAGGAAGGCAACGGGGAGGAAAAGGGCCGGAGAUCCCCCCGCAGGAGGGGCUCCAAAGCCAUCCCAGGGUGCUCUGAGGAGGAAAGACCCAGCCUCUGCUGGGAAGGCAGCUGGAGCUUGAGGGGGAGCUCUGAGCUGGCGGUCCCUGAGCAGCCUCUAAGCAGGGAUAAGCCCUUCAGGUGCUUGGAAUGUGGGAAGAACUUCAACCGUAGCUCCACCCUGCUCCAACACCAGCACAUCCACAGUGGGGAACGACCUUACACGUGUGGGGAAUGUGGGAAGAGCUUCAGCCGUAGCUCCAAUCUCUCUACCCACCGUCGCAUCCACACUGGAGAACGGCCCUACAAGUGCUUGAAAUGUGGGAAGAGGUUUCGGACCAGCUCAAAUCUCCUCCUCCAUGAGCAGACACACACGGAUGAGAGGCCGUUUCGCUGCAUGGACUGCGGGAAGGGAUUCAAGCGGAACUCCAACCUCCUCACCCACGGGCGCAUCCACACUGGGGAUAGGCCCUACAAGUGUGGAGAGUGUGGGAAGAGCUUUAGCCGAAGCUCUCAUCUGCUCCGGCACAAGCACAGCCACACUGGAGAACAGCCCGGGAAAGGGGUGGGAGAGGGGGGCUAGGGGGAGGAGGGAGAGUGGGAGUGGAUGUGCU